AUGUCUUCUAACAAUUGGAAAAAAGUGGAAAAUGAAGCAGGAUAUCCGUGUUACAUUUACGAUGCGACGGGAAAACAACAAUAUGAUCAUCCGGAGUUCAGGAAGAUUAUGGAACUACUUGAGGAAUACGAUGGGAUUAAAUAUAGUGCCUACCGAAUCGCUUUUAAAAUAUAUGCUUUGCAGAAACACCUGCGAGUGCCUCCUCUCCGUAUAAGUUCAGGAGUGUUUGGAAGACAUCAACUAAGUCUAUCUGAGAGCAGCUUGUCCCUGGAUACUGUUGAGCUUGAGGCUGUACUUGCAGAUAUAUACUUUGCUGCUGAGAAAGAAGGCCUAUUUACUGGAGAUAUUGACCUGGCUGUAGAUUUGCUGAUUAACUUGUUGCUCAAUAUUUAUGAUAAGGAAAGAAAAGAACCUCUCCGAGUAUUGGCUGCAAAAACUCUCCUUAUAAUAUUAAGUGAAGAGUCAGCAUCAGAUAAAUGGGUAGCUUUAGCAAACUGUUGUGCAGAUCAUAAUGGUUGCGUAUCUCCGAAACGGUUGGCAGCAUUGUUAACCCACGUGUCAGCAUUAUCUGCAUACCUUGGUGUUGAUUAUAACCAAGUGCAGGCAGAUGUGGACUCAUGUUUUGACAAGAGCGCGGGUAUGUUAGGUGUGAGCUCUCGCGCAGUGUCCGAGUGGGGAGAGUCUAGUUGUAGUGCUCGCUGGCUGCCUGUGGUGCAGCGCAUAGUGAGCAGUCGAACUAGUGCUGACGUCACAGCUGCUUGUGCUCACUGCAAGCAACCCCUUAUACAGGUGCUGAAAUUCAAAUGUUUAAAAUGUAGUGACGUAUAUUUCUGUGAAAAAUGUUACUUGUACGAAAAAGACUUGACCACGACCAGUGGUCAUAAGAAGACUCACUUAGUGCAUGAGGUCAUCGAUGGACAGAUAAAGUCAUCAGAAUGCCUUAGCUUCAUAAAAGGUAUAAAGAAAUUCUUUUUCUGCACUAAAACUAAGAAGAAACGUCCUAAAAAGGGAACUAAGAAGAGUAUAGAGAAAACGGAAGGCCAUGGAUCCGUCAGACGAAGGAAAGAUGGGAGACCAGCAAUGUUUACGUCCACAGUGGGUAAAGCUUCAGGAAACACUGCUAGUAACCCUGCAUCUUUACUUCAAGAUAUUAUUACACAAUUAGAAACACAAAAUAAGGCUCUUCAGGAUCUAUCCAAUCAAUUGCAGAAUGAACAGAAGAAUAGUGACCAGGAACUAAGGACAAAGGUAGAGUCACAUUGGACUCACGUAUCAGCGCAGAUAAAUAGAUUAAAAAUGUUGAAGGAAAAUCUUACAUCCAGUCCGCAGAACAUCCCUAUGGAAAACUUGACGAAAGCUGACAAGAACGACAGACCGCAAGCAUUUGAUUUGUUCAGUCCAAUACCAAUUGUGGACGAAAAACAGUCCAAAGUAACGGACAUUAAGAACCAACCGAGGGUACUGAGUCUAGAUUCUGGCAACUUCUCUGUGGUGUCCAAACAUGAGAGUCAGAACUUGAUGACGAUGUCCGGAGACGCGUUGAAGCCGGUCGUGGUUCAUGCCACAUCUGACAGUAUAUCUACUGUGUCUAUGAAUGAUAUUAGUAAUUGGUAUAAUGAAACAGAAUCAAACGCUGACCGACAAAAACUGAAAGUUCGUCAAAAUGCAGACACAACUUGCCAGUCUCUCGCCGCGACGGAGCAGAAGUUCGCGGCGGACAUACGCUCCGUGGAGACCAGUAAUGACAAGAUGAAGGAACUCAAUGCCGACUUAGACACCGUGCUGGAUAGACUGCAGCAGAUAUUGACCAAUAACUUUGCUAUGGAUGACUCGUGCUUUGACAACACGCAAUUGCGGGAAACAGCGAAUGAGAUGGAAGGUCUACUCGGCACUUUGAUACGAGGAGUGGAGCAAAGAGCUACGCUCAACGCGACUAAGGGACUUGUAUAG